AUGCACCUGCUACGCAAUGAGGAUGUUCAGGGCUUCCGCAACUUCACCCGCAUCACACCUGCCAUGUUUGCCGAAAUGGUCACCCGCCUCACUCCUCGCUUACAGAAGUAUGAUACCUGGUACAGGAAGGCCCUUCCAGUAGGCUUGAAGGUCGCCAUCACCAUGCGCUACCUUGCCAGUGGGGACUCCUACCACAGCCUGAUGUACCUAUUCUAUGCCAUCUACGCUGAGUAUGGCGAGGAGACCAUCAGCAACCCAUCUACUCCAGAGGGGUGGAAGGGCAUUGCCCAGACCUUCUCCGACCGGUGGAACUUCCACCAUUGCCUGGGAGCCUUAGAUGGCAAGCACAUCCGCAUCAAGGCACCCGCGAACUGUGGCUCCCAGUUCUACAACUAUAAGGGGUACAACUCGAUUGUACUCCUUGCCCUGGUUGAUGGCAACUACAAGUUCCGGUGGGUGGAGGUGGGAGCAGGUGGUGCGAGUUCUGAUGCCCAGAUUUGGAACACGUGCAGUCUGAAAGAGGCAAUUGACGAUGAGAACAUUGGAAUACCACCAGAUGAGCCACUGCCUCAUGAUGAUCGAGACAUCCCUUAUUUCGUGAUUGCUGACGCUGCAUUUGCACUACGCACCACCCUGAUGAAGCCUUUUGGUGCCAAGCCACUGACCAUGGAGGAGAGGAUAUUUAACUAUAGACUUUCCAGAGCCAGGAGAUGUGUGGAGAAUGCCUUUGGCAUUCUUGCAAACAGAUUCCGGUGUCUUCUGAGUGCUAUGGCACAGGUGCCUUCCACAGUGGAGACCAUCGUCCUCGCCUGCCUGUGCAUCCACAACCUCCUGAGAGACCAGGCAUCCGCUGAGCAGGUUUUUCUGCUACUUCUUCUGCCAGACAUGAUGCACACGAAAGUCCAAAAAGAUGGAGAAGAAACUGUUGAAUAA